AUGUGUCUCGGAUCAAACGAUCAUCCUGAUGGCCCGUGUCUGGUGCCUCCUCAUCCAAUGCUCCGUGCCCAUCUUGCCGAAGAUAGGCUCAAAGGGCAGCCUCAACAGGCCCUUGGGCAGAUAGUCCUCAGCGGCCCUACGGGAACAUUCCAUGGUCUGAACGAUGGCACUAUUUUCCCUAGAUCACAAUUCCAACAAAUUCCCGUGCCAUCCCUCGCCCGCAUGCGCAGAGCUGCUCUGGAGAGGACCCCCUUGAGAGGCCCGAUUCGUGUUGCCAUUGUGCUUGUCGAUUUUUCGGACAAGCCCAUGACGAUGUCGAAGCAGCAUUUCGAGGAGCUGUUCUUCUCUAAGGGCAAAAUCCCUACCGGAAGCGUGACUGAAUACUACGAGGAUGUCAGUGGCGGCAAGGUCGAAUUGACUGGGGAGGUGGUCGGCCCUUUUCGGAUGCCUCUGAAACUGGCUCAAUACGCACAUGGCGCUUCUGGGCUUACUGAAGCUGAGCCCAACUUGCAGGACCUUGCCGCCCACGCUUUGGCAUCGGCAGAUGGGAGUAUCGACCUGACACCAUAUGACAAUGACCACAAUGGCGUGGUCGACGCCUUCAUCGUGGUCCAUGCCGGUAAAGGUGCCGAAGAAAUUCCUGACCGCGUUGAGAGGGCCAGCAAUAUCUGGUCUGCCAAGUGGAUUCUCAGGAAUAAUACACAGGCAGAUGGCACCAGGGUUUUUGGGUUCCUCACCGUUCCCGAAUUUGCAAAAAUCGGUGUCUGUGCCCAUGAACUCGGCCAUUUGUUGUUCGGUUGGCCGGACCUCUAUGACAUCGAUCAGGAUGGUGAUGAGGAAAACAUCGGCGUGCGGUCUGCGGGUGUCGGCGAUUGGUGUCUGAUGAGUGGUGGUUCGUGGGGCCAUCUUGAAGGUAAUGAAGCGGGCACGACGCCGUGCCACCCUUCAGCAUGGUGCAAGGCAAACCAAGGCUGGAUCAAUCUGAUCCCAGACCAGCAGAACCGCUCGAUCGCUCUCAAGGAUGUCAAGAAAGAGCCUCGAGAAGUGCACAGGCUAUGGACGAAUGGUAACAUCGUCAGCCAGGAGUACUUCUUGAUCGAGAAUCGACAGCUGGAUGGCUUUGACCGGUCACUCCCUGGUCAGGGGUUGUUGAUCUGGCAUAUCGAUGAUGCAAAGGAGACCAACAGGGACGAGAACCAUUACAAGGUAGGCCUCGUGCAGAGUGACAACCGCCGAAAUCUCGAGGCCGCCGAAAACGGUGCAGCCGGCAAUCGAGGCGAUGCAGGCGAUCCUUACCCUGGGACUUCGAACAAUUCGUCCUUUGGUGCCUUCACCAACCCCAACAGUCGAACUUAUCGCGGCCGGGACAGCUUCGUGUCCAUCAGGAAUAUCUCGGCGCCUUCCCAGACCAUGACAAUGGACAUCGCAGUGAGAGCCGGCCUUCCACCAACUCAGGCGUCCAAACUGUGAAGUAAUGCAUCAUUGGUUAGCAACGGGAACUUGGGGAAGACUGUCAGUGCAGAGCGAUGACAUAAGUAUGGGGCAUUCCAAGCG